GCUUCAGGAUCCUGAAAGGUUUCACUCUGCUUCCUGAGGACCUGAACGUGGCUCCCGAAGGCCAUGGCUUGCCUUGGAUUCCAGAGACCUGAGGCCGGCUUGGAGCUGGCUCACAGGGCCUGGGCCUGCCCUGCCUUGAUUUCUCUCCUCUUCAUCCCUGUCUUCUCCAAAGCAAUGUACGUGGCCCAGCCUGCAGUGGUGCUAGCCAGCAGCCGGGGAGUUGCCAACUUUGUGUGUGAGUAUGCAGCUUUACGAAAAGCCACUGAGGUCCGGGUGACAGUGCUGCGACAGACAGCUGACCAAGUGACCGAGGUCUGUGCCACGACGUACACAGUGGAGAAUGAGUUGACCUUCCUAGAUGACUCCAGCUGCACUGGCACCUCCAGGGGAAACCAGGUGAACCUCACCAUCCAAGGGCUGAGGGCUGCGGACACUGGGGUCUACAUCUGCAAGGUGGAGCUCAUGUACCCCCCACCAUACUACGUGGGCCUGGGCAACGGAACCCAGAUUUAUGUCAUCGAACCAGAACCAUGCCCAGAUUCUGAUUUUCUUCUUUGGAUCCUUGCAGCAGUUAGUUCGGGGUUGUUUUUUUACAGUUUCCUCGUCACAGCUGUUUCUUUGAGUAAAAUGUUGAAGAAAAGAAGCCCUCUUACAACAGGGGUCUAUGUGAAAAUGCCCCCAACAGAGCCAGAAUGUGAAAAGCAAUUUCAGCCUUAUUUUAUUCCAAUUGAGAGACCUUUGUGAAGAAAGAAAGACCAUAUUUCAAUUUCUAAAAACUGAGACAAUUUUAACCUUUUUUUUUUUUUUUACUAUCCAGCUAUUUUUUAAAAAAUUUGUGUAUUCUGGAGAGGAAUUUGCCUCUCUUUAACAUAAAGCUGGAUGUAGAACUCAAAUUCAGCCUACUACCAUUUAAAGCAAAGGAGCAAGAAAACAGAGCCAAAAUGUUUCUGUCACAUCGGACCCAAUUUUAGUAAAAGAAUCACUUGGGAGUAAUGUGAGGAUAUAGCAUUAUGAUGGGGGUGGGGUCAGUGAACUAAGGGAAUAACAGUGCAGAGAAAGGGAGUCAGGGAGAGGACUAGAUUAUACAAACCUUGUAUUUAUGUGUGAGAUGUUUAUAGUGGACAUGAUCUUCAAAAUUUUUUUCUGUGUUAUUUCUCUUAACAAAUAUAUAGUUAUAUGAAGUUUUUUUAAACAUUCACAUGACUAUGUGUUAGCCAGUGAUUCCAAAGUUUGUAUUGUACCAAUAUGUAUUUUUUUAAAAUAGUAUCAUGCAUGAAGGUCACAUGUGCUUUUGUGUAUUUGAUGAUGGUUUGAAUAGAAACACUAUAUGGCCGUGUCUUCCCACCAUGGGUUCUGGGGAAGUUUGUAGAGGAUCUCUGGACACUAAUACACCAGGUAGAAGACAGUCACUUGCUAACUGGCUUGGAAACUGGAUGAGGGGGUGGCAGUACUCAGUUGCACUGAACUGAUAUUGACAUGAGCAUUGAGGUUUUACACCAGCUUCUUUAGUGAUUUGCAAGGAAGUCAAAGCUGGGGUAUCUGUGUUAACUUGACAGAACACUGUUGUCAAGACAGUGGCUCACUCCAGGAGAGCUGUAGGCAUGACCUUCUAGGAAGCUCCAGUUCCAUGGGCCCAGUUCCUUACAGAUAUAUAGUGAAUGCCACAGACAGAAGAUAGUAGCAGUUGGCAGAAUGGGGUGCAUGAAAGUUUCUGAAAACUAACAUUGUUGGUGUUUUUUAACUCAAUAUUUUCCAUGAAAAUGCAACAACGUGUAUAAUACUUUUAAUUAAAUAAAAGUGUUUGGUGGAGUUGUCUUUAUCACC